AGAAAUCGAAACUCUCGUUGGACUCAGAGAGAAGACGAAACAAGGUCAAUGCACAACGGAGCGCAAUUUUCGUCGAAACUUAUUUCCGUUACAGUGCAGCUCACGCCAAAUGAGGGUCCCAGACUCCCAUGGAUUCUAACUGCGGAAUCUUCCAAAUGACAGUGGAUUAUCUCUUUCAAAAUUUGUCUACAGACACUGUCUAACGGUAAUUGUUGUGACAGUUCAAGUUUGCCUAAUUGAAUACAAUUAAAAAAAAUUCAAUCACAUGGCAAAGAGUGGCCAAUGAUUUGCAGCCAGCAGCACUGGAGUACACAACAUCCCACCAACCUUCACCUUGCCAACGUCCCUGCCAUUUGACCCGACAUGACCCACUUUCCAGAAUAAAACGUACACUGCCAUAUGACCAUCUGCUGGUAAACGUGAAGCCGAAGACUUUUCUUUCUUCUGAACAAUUUAGCAGCUCCGUCUCUGUCUUUUGAUGGAGAGGGCGUAAAAUUUUAUUUUCCCGCACAAUGAAGAAGAAGAUUCACUAUCAUCAUCAGAAACAGAAAUCUUGUUGUAAUUGCAAAUGGAGGCAGGUCGUAUUAGGGUUAAUGGGUGCAAUAACAGCAGGGCUGAUUAUGUUACAGGUGCUUUACAUGCCGCAAAGUCUGAAGAAUCACUACUUCAAUUUCGCUGCCGCCUCACCCAAAAUUGCAUUUCUCUUCAUUGCAAGGAAUCGCCUUUCCCUUGACUUUGUCUGGCAGAGAUUUUUCCAGGGAGCUGAGGAAUCCAAGUUCUCAAUUUAUAUUCAUUCAAGACCAGGAUUUGUGUUCAGUAAAGGAACAACAAGGUGUAAAUACUUUUAUGGGCGGCAGCUGAGUGACAGUAUACAGGUAGAUUGGGGAGAAGCAAGCAUGAUUGAGGCAGAGCGCAUUUUACUUAGGAAAGCCCUUCAGGAUCCACUUAAUCAGCGGUUCGUUUUUGUCUCAGAUAGCUGCGUACCACUAUACAACUUCAGCUAUAUAUAUGACUAUAUAAUGUCUUCCCCAAAAAGUUUUGUUGACAGCUUCAGUGACACAAAAGAAGGGCGUUAUAAUCCCAAAAUGUCUGGGGUAAUCCCUGUGGAGAAAUGGAGAAAAGGUUCUCAGUGGGCUACUUUAAUCAGAAAGCAUGCGGAAGUUGUAGCUGCAGACAAUGCAGUUUUUCCUGCAUUUCAACUGCAUUGUAAGAGGAAACCACUUCCAGAAUUCUGGAGACAGGAGGCAGUUGUUGCAGAUACCUCAAAAAUUCACAAUUGUAUACCAGAUGAACAUUAUGUGCAAACCUUACUAGCAAUGAAAGGGCUUGAAGGAGAAAUUAACCGCCGUACAGUAACAUACACACUCUGGAAGGCUGGGAAGGCACGCGAAAGGCAAGGUUGGCAUCCAAUGACAUUCAAAUAUGCAGAUGCUACUGCCAAUCUUACAAGCGAUAUAAAGGGCAUUGAUCAUAUAUAUUAUGAGACAGAAUAUCGAACAGAAUGGUGCAGCACCAAUGAGAAAUUUUGUCCAUGCUUUCUAUUUGCAAGGAAGUUUUCACGAGGUGCUGCAUUUCACCUUUUAAACCAGACAUUGCUUGUUGUUUAGAAAGAACAAGAUGUAUGCGAGCAAGGAGGCCAUAUGUUUGGGAUAACUACAAAGGUUGGAAGAUCAUUGGACAAUCCCUUGAAGGAUUGAUCCUUCAUAUCAUAUAGAUAUAGUGCAAGAAGAAUGAACAACGAGGAAUUAUAGAGAGCGACAUAUUAUUCAGGGCCCAGGCCAAGGCCAUCUUUAGAAAAUUGGCCUGAUAUGGUAUUCAGCCAGUGAUUUUUCAACACCGGUUGAAAAGCUUAAGCAAAUAUUUGUGAAGAUGCUAACAUGGUAAUGACAACGAAAGGCAAAAGGAGGAGCAAAUAAGGUGUCAUAAGUCUCACACAUAAUGGAGGGAAUACUGAUGCCCCCACAACCCCCGUGCAGGCCAUUUUUCAGCACCUUUAAAGUAAAAUGAUAAAUGUGUGUACAGAUAACUGUUUAUUCCAAUCUUACAGAAUUUUUUAAUAAUUUUGUACUUUAUUUUCAUUAUUAAUUGGUUUGCCCGGAAUUUUUUUAAGUGCAUAUAUACCCAAUUGAUACACGAUUAUUAUUGCCUCAAA